CAAGUGGUUUUACGCCUUCUUUGGUCAUCAGUUCCUCUUCGCAUUCAUGUCCUGUUCUUCAUCAAGAUGGCCCACACUUCAGAAGCCUUGUACGAGAGACAAAGACCAAAGGCUAUUAGUCCUUUGCUUUCUAACCUGCAGAAAUCAACUGUUGUUGAGAGGUUGAAAGGGUUCAAUUUUGGUGUUUUAAGGAUCAAGGGUGGAGAAGAAAUGGGCCGGAUCGAAAGGCUAGGGAUAUAUCUAGGUUCGUUUUUCUUUUGCUUUUUGCUUUUAGUAUAAAUAGGGGUGAUGAGGAGUAGAAAUGGGGGUUUUUUUUUUUGGUUUGGAUGUGGUGUUGACGGCGAAGAAAAGGAGGGAUUUUUCUGCUGGAAGGAGAUCGUUUUGUGAAAGGAGAUUGUAGAUUUCAUCUCAUUGCUAGGAAUAGCUCUCAACAGAGGAUUCUUUUUUAGGAAAAAUGGUGAAGGAGAUAGUGGAAGCUUAAUCCUGUGGGAGAGAUUCCUUCUAUCAGAUCAAGAUCUAUUUUUCUUUUAAAGAUCUGUCAUGCUUGUUUUUAUUUUUCUGUGGGUUUAUGCUUUUCUUUUUUAGAUCUAAUGUUAAGCUUGUAUAUUUGUCAUUGGAAAAUUGAAUGAAAAAAAUCCAAAAAA